AUGCCCUCUUCACUCACGUUGUUCUUCAUAGCCAUCUUUUGCCUGGAGUCAUUGGCUGCAAUGCUACAGAAUGGCUUUAUUGUUGCUGUGUUGGGCAGGGAGUGGAUGCAAUGCCUCAGACUGCCCUCUGGUGAUAUGAUUGUGGCCUGCCUGGCUACCUCCAGGUUCUGCCUGCAUGGGAUGGCCCUCCUGAACAACCUCCUGGCUUCCUUUAAUUUUUGUUCCAUAGUUUACUAUUUCAACAUCCCAUGGGACUUGAUCAACACUCUCACUUACUGGCUUACUGCCUGGCUUGCUGUCUUCUACUGUGUGAAGAUCUCAUCCCUCUCUCAUCCCAUCUUCUUCUGGCUGAAGUGGAGGAUUUCUAGGUCAGUGCCCAAGCUGCUGCUGGGCUCCCUGAUUAUAUCUGGUGUGACAGUCAUCCCAGUAGCCACUGGGAAUUUAAUUCUUCAGCAGAUGAUUGCCUCCCAGAGUUCCCAUGGAAACUGUACUCUGGCAGAUAGAACACAAACCUUCUAUAGGUACUUUCUUCUGCCUAAUGUAGUGCUUGUGUGGUUGAUUCCCUUCCUCCUGUUCCUGGUGUCCACCCUCUUGCUCAUGUUCUCACUGCACAGGCACUUGCAGCAGAUGAGGGACCACAGACCUGGCCCAUGUGAUCCCAGCACCCAGGCUCACACCAUGGCCCUGAGGUCACUUGCCUUCUUCCUCAUCUUCUACACAUCGUAUUUCCUGUCCCUGAUUAUUGCUGUUAAGAAAAUCACAACACUUCAGAAUCUGUGGCACUGGGCCUGGGAAGUGGUGACCUAUGCAGGCAUCUGUCUGCACUCCAGCAUCCUGGUGCUAAGCAGUCCCAAGCUGAGAAAGUCCCUGAAGAUGAUGGUCUGGAAAGCCAUGGAGAAAAGGCAAUUCAUCUCGAGUUGUCAAUAUCAAUAA